AUGGUGUGUCUGCCGCGUCGUAACCCCACAGCUACGGACAGUGACCACGACGAUGAUGAUGAUGAUUCCCAGUAUGACCAGCCCUGCUGUCUACUUCCUGGUUGUAACAACAUGGAUUGUGGGARUCGUGGUUUUAAUAAGCCYGUGUCUCCUCCUCUGGCCAUGUGGGAGAGAGACAGUCAGGUGAUAGAGCUGGUGAAGGGAGAGGAAGGCCUGGGAUUCAGCAUCCUAGACUACCAGGACCCAGAGGACGCCUCUAAGACUGUUCUGGUGAUCCGCUCCCUGGUCCCCGGUGGCGUGGCCGACUCAGACGGUCGCCUGCUGCCCGGUGACCGGCUCAUGUCCGUCAACGACGUGGACCUGGUCAGAUCAACGCUGGAGCGCGCCGUGCACGUCCUCAAAACCACCGGCUACGGGGUCGUGCGCAUCGGCGUGGCCAAGCCGCUGCCG